GGCUGCUGGUCGUCCGCGACGAUGUCCACCUACGCGCCCCGCCAUACGCCCUCCGCCUUCUCCACCCCCGCCUCGACCACCCUCUUCCGCCGCCUCACAUGGGAGGGCACCGUCCCCCUCGAGGUCCGCGUCGACGCCAAGGAGCUCCCCGCGAACAGCGACCGCGGCUUGGAGUGCUACUACAUGCAAGCCCCGCGCGUCAGCUACCUCCCCCUGCUCGUGCCCGAGAUCAAACGCUUCCUCAUGGACGUCGUCUUUGAUGAGGCCGCCGCACGCGUGAUCAAGGAGGAGGACUGGUGGUUCGAGAGCGAGGAAGGCAGCCUGCUGAAGUGGCAUUGGUCCAUCGGCCUCAUAUACGACAACCACACCAUCACGGCCUCGUUGCGCAACAAUUCGUCGUCCUCCCAGAUCACGCCUCUCCGUCUCGUCCUUCACCUCGCGUCACCACCCACAGACAAGCUCUUGCUCUCACCAAGCACUGACGCGUGCAAGCAAGCAUUCAUGGGCCAGCUGAAAGAAGCGGACUUCAUGCGCUGGGGCAGCACGAAGCGCAUGACCGGCCUCCGGAAGGCAGAGCAGGACGGCCUCUGGGAGGGCAUCAAAGAACACAACUUCGACGAAUACUGGCGCGUCGCUGCGAAGGUGACGCCUACCACGACACCCACACGAUCCACAUCACCCCCACCGCCCCCCUCCUCCGCAUCCAUGCACACUCGGCCUCCGUCUGCCGACCCUGGAUCCACCGCGGCCCCAGACCGCGACGGCGCGUACAGCGUACGCAGCGUGCCUGUCCGAAUAUACCUCCCAGAUGGUCCCGUUCUGCAAGACCUCGUGCCGCCGGUGCUGGAAGACGGCACGGUACAUACCCUGGCGAAGUUCUUGGCAACACACCUUCCUCUUCUCUUUCCGCCUGGAAAGCCACCGUUGGCGUAUGCGCUCGUACAGGGCGUGCACGCCCCUCCGGAUGCUGAGAUGGCGUGGCUUGGUGCUUGCAUGCCAAGCGCGGACGGAUGGGUCAAUGUAUGCGUGGGCAUCCUGCGCGAUGCCCGCGUGGGCAGGUUCUAGUCGUUUCGGGUGUGCAUGUGUGUAUAUGCUCUGCUUCAUUGGAGCCUACUAUACGAUGGGUUUCAACUUGCUAAUUGAUGAAGUGAUACCCCAAAUCUGUUUGGAUAGACUCUUCGCGCAGUGUC